AUGCCUACUCAUAUCCCUUAUCCACGGCUCGACAAUAUCGAGGAUCUCACGAAAUAUCGCCCUGGCGGGUACCACCCCGUGUCGGUUGGGGAUGUCUUUGCAGGUCGAUACAAGGUCCUGCACAAGUUGGGAUUCGGAGGUUCAUCCACCGUCUGGCUCGCUCGAGAUCAAAAGUUCUCCAAUGACUCAGGAAGUCUUGUGACUCUUAAAAUCCUGUCUGCCGAACAGUCAUCCAAGCCAAUGGGGAUCCCAGACUUAUAUGUUUCCCGAGCAUUGGACAAAUCCUCCGGAACCCUUCAUCCCGGCCGACAGCAUCUCCCUGUCAUCCGGGACCAUUUCUCACACGAAGGUCCAAACGGGUCCCACCUUUGUCUAAUUUCUCAAUUCGCCGGACCUAGUUUAUUCGCUAUUCUUGAAUGUCCGGGAAGAAUGUCCGGUAGCAGGCGGCUUCGAGCAGAUUUGGCGAGGAAGGUCGCGAGACAAGUGGCUAAUGCGGUGAAUCUCUUACAUUUAGCAGGAAUCGUCCAUGGAGACCUCACGCCAUCCAACAUCCUCUUCCAAGUAUCCGAUACAGUCCACCAGUGGUCUAACGAUGAUGUCUACCGAAACUUGGGUGGUCCCACCCUCGAAAACAUCGUCAUUCAUAACCGUCCUUUACAGGUCGUGGCUGCCAUCGACAUCUCCCGUCUUUCCACUCCAUCGCUGCUACAAGAGGACGCCCUCCUCGUUGAUUUUGGCCAGUCCUUGCUCACAGAUCUCCCCCCGCCAAACUAUGUGCCCGCCACUCCGCUCCAUUACCUCUCCCCUAACGCAUUUUUUGACUCAAAAAUUGGCUUCGCCUCCGAUGUCUGGGCCUUGGCAUGCACAAUAUUUGAGACCAGAGCAGGAUCGUCGCUGUUUGACCCCUUUCUCGGUAGCGAUACCAUAAUCCUCAAACAAAUUGUUGAAACGCUGGGGAGGUUCCCAGACCCAUGGUGGAGUUCUUGGCAGGCCCGACAACCAUGGUUUGACAAGACAGGCAAAGCGAAGCCAGAAGAAGAACAGAGAAAAGAAGGAGUGUUACUGACUGCGGUCGAGACUUCGCUUCGUGAAAGAUUGCGCGAGAUCGGGCAGUGGGAUGAUGCCCCCGAUGUUGAUGAAGGGGACAUGAUUGAGAAGACAGGGACGAGACUUGAAGAAGCGGAGGUUGAGCUUCUCGGAGAUCUGUUGGAGAAGAUGUUAAGGUAUAAUCUUCAGGACAGCAGGACCUUUAUGACUGAAGUGCUACAACAUCCAUGGUUUGUAUACAAUUGA